AAUUCCGCUCUCGUCCGAUAAGUUUGUUUACAGUUUUCUUCAAACAAAAUGUUCCCGGUAUCACAGGUGCUGUCCCGGUCGCGUUAUCUAACGCGGCUGGCCAAGGCGGAGAUGUGCUCCGGCGUGCUGCAGAUCGGUCACGAUCCGACCCAGGCCGAGUUUAGCGUGCAUCUCAACGAAAGCAAGGCAUUCCUGAGCUAUAGACUGGACCGGAAGGCACGGUUGCUUAGCCUGGACCACACGGAGGUGCCGGCCGUGUUCCAGGGAAAGGGUGUCGGGAAGAAGUUGGUGGAGGCCGCUUUACAGCACGCGAUGCAGGAGGAUUUGAAGGUGAAAAUCUAUUGCGACUUUGCGCUCAAAUACUACAGGGAUAACGAAGCUCAACUAGCGGGGAAGAUUAAAUAUGUUCCCGAAUGAGGGGUAAUAACCAAACACAGAAACAGGUCAUUUGUUAGCUUUAGUAUGCAAUAAAUAUAUUUUUU